GACCCUAGAAAGCAUGUAAGUAAAAAAAAUUUUGACAAUCCCAUUUGAUGAAAGACUGAUAACUACUCAUGAUUUUCUUUAUUCGAUGACAGCAAAUAAUAAUGUGAGAGAAGAUGGGGGACUGGAACUUAUUAGGGAGCAUUUUAGAAGAGGUCCACAUCCAUUCCACCAUUGUAGGGAAGGUAUGGCUCACCAUCCUCUUCAUUUUCCGGAUGCUCGUGCUCGGUGUUGCAGCUGAGGACGUGUGGGACGACGAGCAGAGUGAGUUUGUUUGCAACACAGACCAACCUGGCUGCAAGAACGUCUGCUACGACCAGGCUUUCCCCAUCUCCCUCAUCCGCUACUGGGUCCUUCAGAUCAUCUUUGUGUCCUCUCCGUCUCUGGUCUACAUGGGCCACGCCUUAUACCGUCUGAGGACCCUGGAGAAAGAGAGGCACAGGAAAAAAGCUUAUCUUAAAGCUGAGCUGGAGGGGACAGACCCCAUCCAGGAGGACCAUAAGAGGAUCGAGCGAGAGCUCAGGAAACUAGAUGAACAGAAGAAAGUAAGGAAAGCUCCCCUCAGAGGCUCCUUAUUGCGUACAUAUGUUUUCCAUAUCUUGACUAGAUCUGUGGUGGAGGUGGGCUUUAUUAUAGGUCAGUGUGCUCUGUACGGCAUUGGGCUUUCUCCUCUGUACAAAUGUGAGAGGUUGCCUUGCCCCAACAGUGUCGAUUGUUUUGUGUCACGACCAACAGAGAAGAACAUUUUCAUGGUCUUCAUGCUGGUUAUUGCUGGAGUUUCUUUAUUCCUCAAUCUCCUGGAGAUUUUCCACCUAGGGGUGAAGAAGAUCAAACAAAGCUUGUACGGAUACAAAUAUGGAGAUGACGAAAGCAUGUGCAGGUCAAAGAAAAACUCCAUGGUGCAGCAGGUGUGCGUGCUCACUAACUCCUCACCACAGAGGUUGAUGCAUCUCACACAGUUAAACUGCCCUGGUUUGUCUGAUGCUCACGGGGAGACUUUGCCUUUGAAUUUGCUCCCAGUGGCCUCUCGGGAUCAGGAGCAUUUCCAUCAGCCCCCCGCACAGACGUACCUGCCAAGCCAAGCUGACAUCCCGGGUCUGCAGCAGCUGGGGGCUGUGGAGCGGCGCUUCACUCUCGAGAGCAGGAAACCGUCAUGUAGCAGCGAGGAGUCGAACGGACGGCGCGGCUCAGGCCAGCCGCAGUAUGCAGGACCCCGACCCACACUGAUGGCCAGCCACAUGGAGAUCCCAGCAGCCCUGAAGAACGCGCAGAGGAAGCAGAGCAGGGUGAGUGUUUGUAAGGAGUUCAGUGACACAAGUGAUUCUCCGGAGAGCGACCACUACCCCACAGCCAGGAAGUGCAGUUUUAUGUCCAGAGGAAUGUCAGAAGGGAUGCUGGCCACUCCAUCGGACAGUGCCGACUCUCAGAGCGGGGCAGACCUCGAGGCCCAGCACCUCAACCAGGGAGAGAGUCCAAUGGUGACCCCACCUCCAUCCAGUGGGAGGAGGAUGUCCAUGAGCAUGAUUCUGGAGCUGUCUUCAAUCAUGAAAAAGUAA